AUGCCCAACAACAAAACAAAUGAUCAGACUUUACAUAAUGAUAGCAACAUAAUGAUUGAGACAGCAGAUCAUAGUUUUAAUCUGAUGUCAAAUCAUAAUUCUUCGGAUUAUUUUAUCCUGUUAGGAUUGUCGGAAGAACAGAUUAUAUUUCCACUUUUAAUCUCAGUGACCUACAUGAUGACCAUUAUUGGGAAUUUUGCUGUGUUUAGCAUCAUCCAGGUGGACAGCCAUCUCCAGACACCCAUGUAUUUCUUCCUGAGUUGUCUAUCGUUAUUAGACGUCUGUUACUCUACGGUCACCCUCCCGGCUAUGCUGGUCAACGCUAUCACCGGGAACAGGAGGAUAUCCUUCCAUAGAUGUUUCACACAACUCUAUUUCUUUGUUUGUUUUGGAGGAUCUGAAUGUCUUCUUCUGGCUGUUAUGGCUUAUGACCGAUAUGUAGCCAUAUGUAACCCCCUCCGGUACCCCAUCAUCAUGAAUAAGAGGUUCUGCUCAGGCUUAGUUGCCGGGUGUUGGGUCUGUGGGUUGUUGAAUGCCGUGUUCCACACCUUGAUGACCAUGAAGCUGACAUUCUGUGAAGAUCAUCACAUCAACCAUUUCUUCUGUGAUGUUCCUCCAAUGUUGGAAGCAGCUUGUAGUGACAUCCAAGACAGUCUAGUGUUGUUACAUGUGAUCACCGUAUUUUUAGGGAUGUCUCCUUUCCUACUUGUCAUGAAUUCCUACAUACGUAUCAUCUCCACCAUCCUGAAAAUCCACUCCUCAGAAGGAAGACAGAAGGUCUUCUCCACGUGUUCCUCUCACCUCAUCGUUGUCAGUGUUUUUUAUAUAACUUCUAUGUUUAACUACAAUGGACCUAUUUCUGGAGAUUCCUUCAUCGUUGUCCGUGUUUCAUCUGUCUUAUAUAGUGUGGUCCCUCCAUUGUUGAAUCCCAUCAUCUACAGCUUGAGAAAUAAAGAUGUGAAGACGGCCUUGAAAAAAGUACUUGAGACACAGAUACAGUAA